GUACGAGCUAAAGUGACAGGUGACAGUGACGGGACAAACAAAAUCAUACGGAUUCCACGAAAUUUUUCAUCAACAUUCAACAUUUCUAGUUCUCCACAAUACUUACCAUAAAAGACAAAAGUAUAAUUCAAUACACUAUAUAUGCAGUAACUUAAAAUAGUAUACAGAAAGUGAUAUUAUUGUCAUAACGAGUCAUAAUUAAAACCCAGUUAACGCAAGGUUAAAUUUCCGUAUAAGGCAGAGUAUGUAUUACUAAUCCCACAAUGGAAACCGUACGACGAUCAUGGAAACUACAGGAGUUUGUUGCCCACAAGGCAAAUGUCAACUGUCUGGCCAUGGGACAUAAGUCAAAACAAGUUCUAGCCACUGGAGGUGAUGAUAAAAAGGUCAAUCUUUGGGCUAUUGGUCGCCAGAGCUGCUUAAUGAGCUUAAGUGGUCACACAACUCCUGUAGAAUGUGUGUGCUUUGGACAUUCUGAAGACUUGGUUUGUGCAGGCUCACAAACUGGUGCCUUGAAAAUCUGGGAUCUGGAAGCCGCCAAACUAUUGAGAACUUUCACUGGCCAUAAAGGUGCCAUAAAAUGUAUGGACUUCCAUCCUUAUGGAGAUUACCUGACCACUGGCUCAUGCGACAGUCAGAUCAAGCUGUGGGACACAAGGAAGAGAGGCUGCAUAGUGACAUAUGCCAGCCACAGAUUGGCUGUCAACAGUUUGCAGUUUAGCCCUGAUGGACAAUGGAUAGCUUCUGCUUGUGAUGAUGGUAUAGUGAAGGUGUGGGACGUGCGCGUGGGCAAGGUGCUUCAGCAGUUCGAGGAGCACACGGGGGCCGUCACCUGCGUCAAGUUCCACCCACAUGAGUUCCUGCUGGCCAGCUGCGGCACCGACCGCACCGUCAACUUCUGGGACAUGGAGAAGUUCCAGCUCGUCUCCAAGUUUGAAAAAGAAAACUCCUCUAUCAAACUGAUGGUGUUCAGCGACGACGGCAGCACGCUGCUGGGCGGCGGCGCGGACGGCCUGCACGUGGUGGGCUGGGAGCCGGCGCGCGAGCUGGACGCCGAGCCCGCCGCCUGGCCCGCGCUGCACGACCUCACCGUCGCACACACGCAGCUCAUAGCGGCGUCAUUCCACGCGACAUACGUGGUCCUGUCCGUGGUGGACCUCAGCGCCGUGCACCCGUUCGGCGGCCCCCCGCCCCCCGCGCCCGCGCACUCCCCUGAGACCUCCCCCUUCCAGAAGAGCCACUCGGUCCGGAAGAGCUUCUCGAAGGAGAAACCCGCUAAACAGGUCGUGCACAAGUCUUCACUACUGGAUGAGAAGACGGUCGAGGAGUCAGCGUCGGGCACGGAGGCGGAUGAAGAGACGGAGGCCAUCAUAUCUAAUGUGCACGACUAUAAGGAGAUAUUCAAGCCUUCUAGAGCACUACCGCGCACCCCUCCGCCCGCCUCUAGCUUGUCUUCUGACGAAUACUCACUGCCGCCAGAGUCCCUCCCAAGUCCGGAGGCCCAAUGCCCGCUGGCGUCGUCGCCUUCGCGCGCAAUCCGCGACCUCUCAUUGGUGGAGGCGGCUCCCCCCGCGCCGGCACGCCCCCCGCCCCUCCCCUCACCCCCGCAGCGGCAGCGCCCGGAGCACUUCUCUAGAAUACCCACCUCCACUAAGGAAACCUACGCGGAGAAGAAGACUGAGAUUUUCACAAAGGUGGAGUCCGCCAAAGCGGAGGGGCGCGCGUCGCCGGCGCUGCGCGACUACUCGGGCUCGCAUCAGCAGCUCAACCGACACAACUCGUACAAGGAGACCAAGACUAGCACCUCAUCAACGAAUCUUCGACAAAGUAACAGCGAAGUGAGCUUGGGGCCGCCGUCCCUCGGGCCGCGGUCCUUGUCAUUCACAAGAACACCCGGAGAAAUGAGGUCGCGUCGCGUGGAGACGGUGGCCCAGAGCGCGGUGUCGUACUCCGUGUCCCGCGAGCCGCCGCCGCCGCCGGAGCCCGAGUUCGUGCCCUACGCCGCCGACCGGCCCGUCGGACUCGACAUGGACGAGUUCUUGCCCCGCGGCGGCGCGGCGGGGUCGCGGGCGCGGGGCGCGCGCGGCGGCGGCGCGGAGCCCAGCGAGCAGGAGGUGCUGGGCGUCAUGAUGCGCGGCCACGACUCCAUGAUGUGCGUGCUCACGGCACGGCAGAGAGCUUUGCAGAUUUUCCACUCCAUGAGAAUGAAUAAGAAUCUGAAAGUAGCAUUAGAAUCUGUGAUCGCCUUAGAAGACACAUCUGUGAUAUUAGACAUUCUCAAUGUGAUGGCUCACAAACCAUCUUUAUGGAAUCUGGAUAUAUGCUUGCUCAUGCUUCCGAAAAUAUACGAAUUAUUACAAAGUAAAUAUGAAACUUACAUGCAGUGCGGCUGCAACGCGCUGCGGCUGAUCGUGCGCAACUUCUCAUCCGUGGUCCGCGCCAACGUGUCGGCCCCCGUACGGACGCUCGGCGUGGACAUCCCCCGCGAGGAACGCUUCCAGAAGUGCGCCGCCAUCCACCAGCUGCUCCUCGACGUCCGCGCCUUCCUCCUCAAGCGGCAAACCCUCCAGGGCCGCCUCGGAGCAGCCUUCAGAGACCUCCACACCCUCAUGCAGCAGGGACUCGACUGAUAUCAACCCCCACCAUUCCACGCGCCGUCGCCGUACGUCUCGUUUUGGACCCUUCCAAAUCUGCCCUGAAUAGUUAUUAUAUAACUGCUCUGAUUGAAUAGUUAAGGUAGCGUAAAAUAUAAACUCCAUAGUUUGAAUAAGGAUUAUAAACCCUAUAAAACAGCCCCCAUCAAAAUUGAGUUUAAUUAUUAUUAUUAUCAUGAGAUUUUUGUCAUCAAUUACUCAGUAACUAUCAACUUAGAAUACUAAAUUAGAAUAUAAUUAGUCAUUAAUCUAAUCCUUUUGCUCAUAAGUAAGAUAUAGGAAUGUACAUUUCUCUAAAUAAAUAUGUACUUGAAUAAGAACUUAAUAACACUUCAACAAAAUAUUUUACUUUGUAACUAACAUUAGCAGCAUUAGCUCAUAUACUGAUUACUGCUUUUAAAGACUUUGCUUUUAUAACUCGUUCAUUUUUUUAUGGCCUGCAUUUACAUACUGAUGUUAUUACAUUUAAUAAUCUGAUUCAAGUUGAAGGUCUCUUAUAAAAAUGCAAAUUCAAUUUAUAUACUUUAUUUAAUCUUAACAAAUCAUGUAAGUACCUAACUUAACUAAAUCUGUACAUACAAACAUAUCCUAGAUUAUGGUUAGCCUGUGUGAAAUACUAGAAAUUACUGCUGUUAAACAUAAAUCUAGAGAAGACAUUUAAAAUGUUUGCCAUUGUGUGCCUUUCCUUCCAAAAGUAUGUAUUUAUUUUUCAAACCUAAGUGAAUUCAAUAGUUUUCCAUAAAAUCAAAAAUUUUAAUUACGACUGACUAAAAUAUUAAUUUAUUUGAAUAUGCAAGUAAGUAUUGAUUCUCAGUCUCCUUGACUGAUUUAUAUUAUUAUCCAAACAGUAAAUACAAAUUUUAUACAAAU